AUGUCACAUUCACAGGUAUUACACGAGUUCCAAGCCCUGAUUGUGAAUGGGCCAAUUCUGAUCCGCCGAUUCGACGCCCAGCUGGUUUCCCUCAAGAUAAGCUCUUCCUACCAGUUGAAGUUCGACCUCAUCGUGGAUGUCUGUGUAAUCAAGUUCUCACUAAUGCUGAAGUUCCGAGCCCGUGCAGCGCGGAGGACUACGACCUUCGUCCAGGGGAAAACGAAGACUCGUCCAAUAACCGGACGAAGUGUGAUGUCAUGGAUCGAUUCAGGUGCAUCUCUGUGUAGUGGGCAGCACAUAAUUAUAGAUGGGAAUAUUCGGAGACUCGUUAACACGCAGUGCCAGGAUCACAUGGAGGAGACUGACGCUUUCCGUUCCUACUGGGAUCCCUCCAACUAUGAGUCGUGGCGUGAUCGUCAAAUUGAAAGUCGUCAUAGGAGCAUGAGGAGCUCUUCGUCAUUGAACAGAUGUUAUCCUCAGCCUCAUGCCAUGCGGAGGAUAGAGCGCCGCGUUCACAAUGUGUAUGCGGCUCGAGCAUAUCUCUCGUGGAAGGAUUGGCUCCGGCAGAAUGCCUCAGGUCCGAAGAACGGUGGUAGACCAACAGCCGGAGAUCGUCGACAAAAGGUGGAUCACCGUCUGUAG